CAACACAAAAUUUAUAUAGUAAGUAUUGGCUAAAAUUAAUUAGCAAAAUAUGAAGAGAAAAGAGCAACCCAACUGAAAGAAAAAUAUCGAGCAACUCAACGCAGUAAUGGGUGUCGUAUGGAAAAAGCGAUAGUAUUUAACAAUCCUUAAAUAAGAUAAUAUUCCUAAAAUAAGAGCAAUGACACACUUCUUGAAGGGAAAAGGUAAGCGUCUGAGUAUGGAAAAAUAAUUUAUUAGCUCCCCAUCAGAUAUCGGUUCACUUAUCCAGCAUGCAUAUAUGACAUUAAUAAAUGAUAUCACCUUACGCAUCCAUACUUAGAGAAUGUCGAGCAACACCUUGUUUGUUAUUGUUUAUCAUUAAAAAUACAGCGGUUCAUUUGUAUCAAAAAUAACCAUCCACGAUUAAAAUCGUACACUUUAUUUAUUAAGGUGUUUGGUUGAAAGUUUCUUAGUAACGUGCUUAAAUAAGCCGAUGGGACUAAUGGAUUCUUUUUGUGACUCAUUAUUGUGCGGGAGCGUAAAAUGGCUGCGUGAUUGACCUUUAAGUGUGGUAAUUUUUCUUAUACGACGCAAUUUGGAGAGCUCACUCUUGAAUGUUUAGUGGAUCACCCCUAAUGUGUUGUCCCCUGAUUGGUUUAACUGAAAUACUGACUAUAUCAUGAGCAUUUCAAUGCCAUUUUUGGGAUGUGUGUUGGGUUUUCUACAAGAGAAGCUCAAGAAAAGCACGGAGAAAAUAGCAUUCUUGGCAUUUUUGUCGGUCUGUCUUCCUUGAAUCGUUCUCUUCAUCUUGGUUUUAAGAAUUCCUUACUUCUAAUGACAGCAAAGUCAUCGCUAUCUGUGGUCUGAAUCAAGGCGAGAAUUCACGGGUUACACCUAAAAGCUAUUAUAUUUCAAUUAAUACCGAGAAAGACGAAAAUGAGUAGAAUGAUUCCAAUAAUUGCCGAUCCAGACUACAAAACUCCAGAAGGGAGAAACAAAUUGGACAAACCUACCCACUUGGCCACUGUGUGCGACGAAUGCAACAUGGACGACGAGGCGGGCAAUAUCGUGUUUUCGCGAAGAGAAAGACUACGAGACAGAGGGCUUCUACGCCGAUUUAGAACCGAUAUCGAGCACGAACUCGACGGUAGGGAUAGUGUUAGCCGUUUUAAUGACGAUUUUGAUGAUCCCGAAUUUUGGGAAUCUCGAUUCCAUGGAACAAGGAAAACAAGCGCUUUAAUUCCAGGCAAUAAAAAGUGGAAAGAAAGAAAAUGGAACCUUGAGAAAAGUUUUAGUAAGACCGGAGAGGAGGACGAGUUUGUUAGUGUCCCGCAAAGAUUAAUAAGGGAUGAUGACUUGGAGGAUUUUCCUGACAUCAUCAAAACAUUCAGAGAGACUUCCAAAAUACGAGGAAGAAAUCCGAGCGAGAGGCGGGUAACGAGCGAGUGGCGAGGGGUGUCCGAGAACCCACGAAGACACGAUAGCAAAUUGUCGGAAAGUGAAUUCAUGAGCGAGUCUCCAUGGAGGCAUGGAUGGGGUGAGGAGGGUGACAUAGGAAUACCGAUACCCGUUACACAACAGAAAGAUGAAGGGCAGAAUAAUAAAACGGAUAAUAAAAAUGAGGAUGAACUUGAACCUAUAAAAGAGGGGCGAUUAAUGGACAGUACACCAGAAAAAACGCCAGAUUUGAGUGAGAACAUUUCUAAGGGUGAAGCUGAAAGUGCGGUUAUGAGCCUAAAGGACAAAACGUCAUCGGAGCAAGAGCAGUAUUUGAGAGAAAAAUCCCCAGGGAAUAAUGAUAAUAACAGUAGCAAAGCAAUAUGCCUGGAAACCGAAAAAAGGCAGGAGAAAGAACAAGCUGUGAGUAAUACAAGCUCUUAUAAUGUAAGCUCAAACUUAGAUGAUACCAAGAGCGAAGUCAUAUCAAAGAUUAAUGCGAUAGAGAAGAUAGUUGAAAGUCUUCAAGGCGAAGUGGAAGGCUUGUCCAAGUCAGGAAGUGGAAAGAAUUCUAACGAAUACUGCCGUCUAGAGGAAAUGCUGACGAGAUGCAUGCUGGAUUUGGAUCAAAUCGAGGCUCUUGGCGAUCAGAGAGUCCGCGAUGCAAGGAAGUCAGCGGUAAAUCAUUGCCAGGAUGCGCUAGAUAAACUCGAGGUUGAAUGCGCAGGGGAAAGCUCACCAUGACAAAGCAAUGAAGAGCUGCAGAAUGUCGUGGCAAGUUUUAGAACAGAUGUUUUAUGCCAGACAUAAACUACGUAGAUAAAGAAUCAAAAUGGUAGGGUAUCAAAAUAGUAGGGUGCCAAAAUGGUAGGGUAUCAUAAUGGCAGGGUGUCAAAAUGGUAGGGUCUCAAAAUGGUAGGGUGUCAAAAUGGGAGGGUCUCAAAAUGAUAGGGUGCCAAAAUGAGUGUAAAAUGGUAGGGUGUUAAAAUGGUAGGGUGUCAAAAUGGCAAGCUGCAAAAAAUGGUAGGGUGUCAAAUUGGUAGUGUAAAAUUAUAGGGUUUCAAAAUAAGUGUUAAAUGGUAGUGUAAUAUGGUAGGGUGUUUAAAUGGUAGUUUAAAAUAGUAGGGUGUCAAAAAGGUAGUUUAAAAUGGUAUGGUGUUAAAAUGGUUGUGUAAAAUGGUAGUGUGUUAAAAUGGAAUGGUAAAAUGGUAGGGUGUCAAAAUGAUAAUGUAAAAUGAUAGUGUAAAAAUAAUGGAAGGGUGUUAAAAUGGUUAAUCCAAGAGGAAAUGCAGCAGCUUCGAUGGCUGUUUUUUUUUUUCUGACUCAUUAUUUACACUUGUAAUCCAACAUGCAGCCCAGGAUCACGGUGAGUAUGACAAGAACUUACUAACGGAGUUGGAUCCUUUUAAAGAGGCAAAUGUAAGAAUUUAUACCACAACUGAAUAUCUGAAAUCAGUGGCAAUUUGUUGUAGAAUUGAGCAACAACAGCUUCGUCCAACAGAAUCUCAGUUAGUUUAUCUUCACUUUCCGAAAGCCUGGGCUACCUGUGGUAAUUCCUUGUCACUAGUCCUCGCCCGCGGGUAAGGCAUCUUCUAGUUUCUUGAUGAAUUUGACGCGUAUCUCUGUAGUCUCAUCACCUCUUAGGGCGUCUUGUACGAACCACACGUCAACCUCCAUCUGGACCUGACGCAAAUCAACAUUCGAUGCAUAUCAAUAAUCAGUAUAGACCUAUUUCAAAAAAGGUUGUAUAUCAAAUACACCUAUUUUAAUAAAGGCAAUUGCCAAAUGGCAGUUC